AUGGCUGAUGCGCGCGGAGAAUACUGGUACUACGAGGACGGUGUUGAUCCGAACAAGAUCACAGUUCCAGAACUACGGAGCAUUCUACUUCGGCAUGGAGUAACCUAUCCAUCCUCAGCAAAGAAGGCAUUUCUGGUCGGUCUCUUUAUAGAUGCUGUUCUGCCUCAAAAAUCAAAAGUACAAAGGAUGCUGGCACAAACCAAGCGAUCGACGCGGGGUAUCGUGGACGUCCCCUCCAGUUCAGCCAGCACUGCGGAUACCGACGAAACCGAAGACGAAACCCUCGUGGCUCCUACACCAGCGACGAGACGGAUAUCGCGGAGAACAACGCGUGGCGGGACGGAGGACGUAGAUGUGCCUGCACCACGCGCCAAGACGCCCUCUCGCGCGGUACCCGCCAAACAUAGUAGAGCUCUCGAGCCCGACGUGGACGAACGGCCUGCAGCUAGACGCACGCGCAAGAGCGUCACGCCUGCCGUAAAAGAGCCUUCGCCCGACCCAGUGGCGUGGCAUCGCAAUGACGCGGCUAGUCCCUUUACCCAGGAGAAUGUAUUCCAGACGGGAGCCUCUUCGCCCGCAGUACCAGAUACUACCGCACGUGACCGGCGUAGGCGGACAACAGGCUACGGACGCGAGAGGCGCAGGAGCGACGCCCACCGCCGGCAGACAUACCAGCCCAGCAGCCAGCAGCUAGACGAGGGUAUUAGCGUACCUACGCGUCGGACAUUCGACGUGGCAGACCCGCGUGUGAAGCAGGAGGAGGACGAGGAGGAAGAUAUUGUAGAUGCAGGCGAAGAAUUCACCCCAGAAGAACAGCUGGACCUAGUGCGCGAGCGCGCAAAGUCAGGAGAAGUGGAUAUCCUCCCUCCCCGCAGACGGCGGCAGAAAGCCAAGGCUACUGGCAGGAUCAAGGCAGGGGCUGGGACCAUUCUUCUUACUGCGGUUACAGUCUUUGCUGGUGUCUGGCGGCAAGAAAAAAUCGACGUUGGAUUCUGUGGCGUUGGGCGCGAUGCUACAGCACUAGCUGGCGUAGACAUUCCAAGCUGGGCUGGCCAAAUACUCCCGCACUGCGAGCCGUGUCCGCCACAUGCGCAAUGCUACCGAGGACUAAAGAUAAAGUGUGACCCUGAUUUCAUCGAGAAGGAUCAUCCACUAUCGCUCGGUGGCCUGGUCCCUCUCCCACCGACAUGCGAGCCUGAUAGCGAAAAGACGCGCAAAGUCAAUGGUAUAGCCAACAAAGCAGUGGAGGUACUACGGAAACGCAAAGCCCAGUACGAGUGUGGUGAGCCAGACGCGCAAGGGAAUCUAGUAGAAAGCCCAGAAGUGAGCGAAAAAGACCUGAAACAAGACAUGGCUUCUCGGAAAAGCAAGAGCCUGACGGAUCAGGAGUUCAGUGAGCUCUGGGACAGAGCCUUUCCCGAGGUACUUAUGCGGGAGGAAGUUGUCGAAACUACCAAUGGUUUGUAUGGCAAAUACUCAUACACCCACAACAAAUCCAUGGAAGCUCGCGCGGCGCAGCUUGCAGCCGAUGCGUAUGACAGGCUUCAAGAUCAAGCUGCACUGAGCUUUUUGGAGCCUGGCGCAGAAAAGGGUAUCAGCAUGACACAGCUACGUGAUGACGUCCUACGCACCGAGUUCAACGCCUCCCGACGACAGAGGUUAUGGACAAGGGUUCAGGCGAAGGUCGAACGAAACAGUAAUAUCCGUGCAGGUGUCCGUACAACAGCCACCGGGGAUGUUGCUCGCAUGUGGGAAUGGAUAGGUCCCGUGAAACGACUGGAAGAUGGCAGGCGCGAGAGUGGCCGCUUUAGUCUUGGUACAGGCAGCAGCCCUCCUUCUGGAAAUAGGGUUGCAAAAGAAGUGAAGAAGUGGGAAGAGGGACGCCCGAUUUAUUAGCUUUCACGAUUUGCAGGUAUCUUCUGCUGUAUGGACUAGCUUCAUGAAUGGCGAGCAUCAUUGGGUGUAACGAGCGGGUGGGGAUUUGAAGUUUUAAUACCUUGCAUGAUACCAUGAUGACUAUUUUAUCUUAUUCUAUGCAAAUGCCUCUGACCGAG